UUCUUCCUCGGAAUAGUCUCUGCAAAAGAAAGUAAACUGAUUCAGAAACAGAACAGAACUCCAUUUCCAUCGCUCCAUUCUUCAGAUCCAACGCCCAAUUUCUUCCCCACAAAACUAAAACCCAUUUUCCCUUUCGCCCCAACAAAUUCUUCCCCCGAAAAACCCUUAGAUCCGUGCAAAUUUCACUCUAAAACCCUCGAUUUUCCUUCAAUGUCACGGGUCAAAUUCGCCGCCGUCUACGGCACCGUGCCCUCUCCGCCCGCCGCCACAUUCCCCACCAAUUCCGGUGGAGCUCCUCCAUCUUUCCCCUCCAGUUCCUCCUUUCUCGAACACGCUAAAACCACCACGCAAUCCCUAAUCGCCAAACAGCGGCCAUGGCGAGAGCUCCUCGAUUUCUCCGCCUUCUCUCUCCCUUUAAGCUCCGAUGACGCUAUGGCGAGAAUCCGCCAGAACGUGAACUACUUUCAUGUCAAUUACGCCAUGGUGAAUGUCGUCAUCGUCUUCUUCAGCUUAUUCUGGCAUCCGACUUCGUUCUUCGUUAUCUUGCUCGUCUUCGUCGCUUGGUUGUUCUUCUACUUCCUCCGCGAUCAGCCUCUCGUUCUCUUCAACCAAACGUUCGAUGAUAAAGUUGUUUUGGGGGUUUUGAGCAUUUUUACAAUCAUCGCUCUUGUUUCUACUGAUGUGGGAUCGAAUGUUUUGGGAGCCCUAACAACAGGGACCGUCGUUGUUGCGUUGCACGCGGCGUUUCGGAGUACGGCGGAUCAAUUUCUCGAUUUGGAGACUGCUACACAAGGGGGAUUGCUGUCGGCUGCGGGAAAUCAGCAACAACAACAACAACAACGAGGCUACACUCGGAUUUGAUGGGGUUUAUGUCAAAUUGCUGUUCUUCCUGGCUGGGAUUGUUGUGACAUUAGAGAUCCUUGAUGGGAUUGUUGGAUUGAAUUCCUUAUUGCUUGCUUGCUUGGAUUCAUCUUGUCAACUGGAAUCUGGUUUAUUCAAGAUGCAUAGUCAAUGCAUUUGUAGGGUUUAUGUCAAAUUCCUGUUCUUCCUGGCUUGGAUUGUUGUGACAUUAGAGAUUCUUGAGCUAGGAUUAGAUGAUACUGGUAUGUCAAAUUGCUGUUCUUCCUGGCUUGGAUUGUUGUGACACUAGAGAUUCUUGAGCUAGGAUUAGAUGAUCCUGGUAUUUAAUUUCCAUGGCUUGAUUUGUAUAUUUGGGAUGCAGGGGUUUCUUGAAUUUGGUGUUCAUUUUCUGAAUUUGGUGGAAGAGUUCUUCAUGCUUUUGCCUGUUUUUUUCAUACGCAUAUGUAAAUUAUUCAAUGAUCAACAGUGGCUCACCUCGCUCACUUGAACAUUUAGCAGGAGGAGCUAUGAUUUGCCUUUGUUCUAUAAUCUUGUGCUUGCAUCGUUUGAUUUGAUCU